CUAACAGCAAUAACUCUCUCUCUCUCUCUCUUCGUUUACCCAAAAAAAAAAAAAGAGAGGAAAAAACUCUCUCUCGCACGAAAAAGCGAUGCUUGUGAAAUUUGCAGAAACCCCCACCGACGAAAAAGCAAUAUGAUCAUAGAUCGAAUCAGGUUUUGGGAUUUGAUCUUGGAGUGUUUGGCAUGGUAGUGAAUUUUUGGUGGGUUUUCAAUCUAACUUAAAGUGUGUGCCUGACUGGUUUAAUUCACUGCCAAAUUGUGAUUAUAAAAUGGGGAGAGUUAUGCUAAUGCCAUUCGGAUGAAAAUUUUGGAGUUGGGUUGUGGUGAAAAGGCUGAAUAUAGAGUUACUUGUAAUGGGUGUGCGCUACAUAGCCGUGUCAGCGGCGUCUACGGUGCUCAGCUUUGUCUUUCUUCAAUUCUGGACUGAGUUGUCUUUAGAUAAUCUUAAAUCGGAUGGACUAAUAGCUGAGAAUUAUAUUCAUUCGGAGAAUGCAAGCCGUGUCAUCGAGCUGCUCUCGGGUUCUUAUGCUACCAUUGGACUGCUGACAAAUUUUGUGCUCAAUGUAUUUGUUUUACUAGUUCUAUGUCUAAAGACCAUAUUUUUUGUGGAGUUGUAUCCUCCUGAGACUCGGAAAUUGUUGGAACGUCUUGUCAAUUAUGUUAUUUAUAAGGGGACGUUUCUACCACUGGUUAUUCCACCAACAAUAUUUCAUGCAGGCUUGUGGUCAGUCUGGUUGGCUGUUCUAUGUUCUUUAAAGAUGUUUCAAGCUUUGGCUAGAGAUCGACUUGAACGUUUGAACGCAUCUCCUUCUGCUACACCUUGGACAUAUUUUCGUGUAUAUUCAGUCUUAUUGUUGGUCCUCUCUGUUGACUUUUUUUGGAUCAGGCUGUGUCUGGUAAUAUAUAGAAUGCUGGGUUCAUCGAUGUUUCUGUUGUUAUUCUUUGAGCCUCUCAGCAUUGCUUUUGAGACGCUGCAGGCCAUUUUAGUUCACGGAUUUCAGUUGCUUGAUAUAUGGCUCCAUUCAGCAGGGAACAGUGCCAAUUGCCAAAGGUUCAAAUUUUUAGAUACAUCAGCAGCAGGUUCAUUGUGGGAAUGGAAGGGCAUUCUUAUUCGGAAUGUGGGGUUUUCCCUAGACAUGGCAACAUUGUUAAUGGCACUUGGUCAUUAUGUGCAUAUUUGGUGGCUUCAUGGCAUGGCAUUCCAUCUCGUGGAUGCAGUCCUUUUUCUAAAUAUACGUGUAAAUAUUUGUGCCUUGCUAGGUGCUAUGUUCAAGCGUAUAAAAGGAUUCAUCAAAUUGAGAAAAGCUUUAGGUGCUCUUCAUGCUGCUCUUCCUGACGCAACUACUGAAGAGCUACAAGCUUAUGAUGAUGAAUGUGCCAUCUGUCGGGAACCUAUGGCCAAGGCUAAAAGGCUGCACUGCAAACAUCUUUUUCAUCUUGCAUGCUUGAGAUCUUGGUUGGAUCAAGGUUUGAGUGAGACUUAUUCAUGUCCCACUUGUCGAAAACCACUUUUUAUUGGCAGACCUGAAAAUGAAGUUACUCCUCGUACUGGGGAGGUUUUGACUGAUGAGCAGCUUGCCCGUCAAAUAGGUGCUGGACUUGAUCGGCAAAACAAUUCUGAACAUACCCUACCUACUGGAGUAUUCCCCAAUCAGACACAGAACCCUAUAGAAGGUGGUCCUUGGAGGACUGCAGGACUGGAAUCAAGUUGGUUAAAUGCUUGGCCAAGCCAGGGUGUUGAUGGGGCUGGACCCUCUACUGCAAUCAGAUCAGUUGGAUUAGGGAGAGUUCAGAUGAUGAUGAGGCAUCUCGCUUCUGUAGGAGAAACCUAUGCACAGACAACCCUUGAAGAUUCUGCUUGGAGCCUUUGGCCUAUGAAUCCCUCUCAGGCUGCCGCAACUGGUGGACCCAUCCCUCAUGCUGGUGGUGGCAGAUACACUGGAGGCACUGGUGGUUUACAUAUGAGGACUGCCUCACUCCCUGCAAAUGAUAACAUAGCGAACAUUCUUGCCAUGGCUGAGACAGUACGGGAGGUUUUGCCACACAUGCCUGAUGACAUAAUUUUGCAGGACUUGCAGCGAACAAAUUCUGUCUCUGUUACCGUUAAUAAUCUUCUUCAAAUGUGAGUAUGUAAUAUGUUUUCUUUUGUUGUAACAUACUCUGAGUUCUCAAAUGAGGUUCCUGGUCAGUCAUACACCUCUUAAGGCUUUGUUGGCACGCACGACUUGUGGUUGCCAAAUUGCCUGAAUUUUUUUUUUUUGAAUUUCUCUUUUCCUCCCUUUUUAAUAGUAUACAUAAGCUUCUUUCUCUGUAUAUAAAGGCAACUCACUCAAAAAGUUUUAUUUGUGUAGGAAGAAAAAAGGUGCAAAUAUAGUUCUUUUUUUCUCCUCUCAGAAAAAUUAAAUUGCUAUACACAACAAAUAUGUGGAUGGUCCUG